UUUGCCGAUUCUUGCCAUAACUGACUCAUGCCGGAUCACUUUAAGUCCUACUGAGCAGUGACAUUCAAUCCGUGUGCGCCACCUGUAUUUUUUACCUGUUUGCAACAACCCACCUGUAUUUUUUUACCUGUGUGCAACAACCCAGACAAGUCGCAGAAACUAUCUAGAACCUUCAACUAAAGUAAAUUAAACUGCAAAUAUGAGGGAAUGUAUCAGUAUCCACGUUGGUCAAGCUGGUGUCCAGAUUGGCAAUGCCUGCUGGGAACUUUAUUGCCUAGAACAUGGUAUCCAGCCUGAUGGUCAAAUGCCAUCAGAUAAGACUAUUGGUGGUGGUGAUGACUCUUUCAACACUUUCUUUAGUGAGACAGGAGCUGGUAAACAUGUUCCCAGAGCUGUGUUUGUAGAUUUGGAGCCAACAGUUGUUGAUGAAGUCCGUACCGGGACAUACAGACAACUGUUCCAUCCAGAACAACUUAUCACUGGUAAAGAAGAUGCAGCUAAUAACUAUGCCAGAGGUCACUAUACUAUUGGGAAGGAACUUGUUGAUCUUGUACUUGAUAGAAUCCGCAAAUUGGCAGACCAAUGUACUGGUCUUCAAGGUUUUCUGAUUUUCCACAGUUUUGGAGGUGGCACUGGUUCUGGUUUUACAUCACUUUUGAUGGAACGUCUCAGUGUUGAUUAUGGAAAAAAAUCUAAGCUAGAAUUUUCCAUCUAUCCUGCUCCUCAAAUUUCAACAGCUGUGGUAGAACCUUAUAAUUCUAUCCUGACUACCCACACCACUCUUGAACAUUCUGAUUGUGCUUUUAUGGUUGACAAUGAAGCUAUCUAUGAUAUCUGCAGAAGAAACCUAGAUAUUGAGCGUCCAACAUAUACUAACUUGAACCGUUUGAUUGCUCAGGUUGUGAGUUCUAUUACUGCUUCCUUGAGGUUUGACGGUGCUCUCAAUGUUGAUCUGACUGAGUUUCAGACUAACUUGGUGCCUUAUCCUCGGAUUCACUUCCCGUUGGCUACAUAUUCGCCAAUUAUCUCUGCUGAAAAAGCUUACCAUGAGCAACUGACAGUCGCUGAAAUCACUAAUGCUUGUUUCGAACCAUCAAACCAGAUGGUCAAAUGCGACCCCCGCCAUGGAAAAUACAUGGCAUGCUGUAUGUUAUACCGUGGUGAUGUGGUACCAAAAGAUGUCAAUGCGGCUAUUGCGACAAUCAAGACAAAGAGGACAAUUCAGUUUGUUGACUGGUGUCCAACUGGCUUUAAGGUCGGUAUCAACUAUCAACCCCCAACUGUUGUUCCUGGUGGUGACUUAGCUAAGGUCCAACGAGCUGUGUGUAUGUUGAGCAACACCACAGCAAUUGCUGAAGCUUGGGCUCGUCUUGAUCAUAAAUUUGAUUUGAUGUAUGCCAAGCGUGCUUUUGUUCACUGGUAUGUUGGUGAAGGUAUGGAGGAAGGUGAGUUCUCUGAAGCACGUGAAGAUUUGGCUGCUUUAGAGAAAGAUUAUGAAGAAGUUGGUUACGAAACAGGAGAUACAGAAAUGGAGGAAGAAGGUGAAGAAUACUAUUUUUUUUUUUGUCAUGAAUAAACCUGGUUCAUAGAGAAAGUUUA